AUGGACGCGACGAUCGAAGAUACAGAUCUAGGUCUAAGGAGAGGCGGCGAGAUAGAAGUCGAUCCAGAGACCGGCCAGAAAAGCCCCGCAGGCAGCGGAGCGACUCAAGAGAAAGAGGAGGGCGAAGACAUAAAGAUGAGGAUCGAGACGGAGCGAGAGAUAGGAGGGAUAGGGAACGGAGCAGGAGCCGGGAGAAGCACAGGUCGCGGCGAGGUUGACGAACCCGCAUCACGCCGCUCACGCUCUCCGCGAAAAGACCACACCUCCACCCGCGCCCGAACACGCACACCAGCUCGACCUUCCAAACCACCUCGAUCUCGAAGCCCACCUUCGAAACCUGCCAACGACCGCGCCCCACCCACCGGUCCUCGCGCCUCGACCAGACCUCCACCGUCCAAACCUCCUCUCCCCGCCGCAGACUCUUCUCCCAAACCCGCCACCAAGAUAAACGGCACCAGCUCCUCAACCGAGCCUCCUAAGAACCAGGAAACAGAUGACAUGCAAGUGGACGCAGAUUCCGACCCCGAGAUCGCCGAGAUGCGUAAAGCGAUGGGGUUCACGGGCUUCAAGUCAACGAAAAACACGAAGGUGAAGGGCAACAACGUGUAUGGGGUGAGGAAGGAGAAGAAGACGGAGUACAGGCAGUAUAUGAACCGUGUUGGAGGGUUCAAUAGGCCGCUGAGCCCGAGUCGGUAG